AAUACUAAUUAGCCUAAUAUCUAAUGAUUGUUGCGCCCGAGAAUAACAAUAAUAAUAAUUACUAUGCAGUGUUAAGUCCCACCUUCUGUCAUAAAUGUGUAAAGUCCACCAAUCACGACGAGGCUCUGACAGUCUCUUGAUGCAGACCUGCCUCUCUUUGGUUGGGCUCAGUCGAUACCGUAGCACUCGCCGUCUUUGGCAGCUAUCCAUUUCCUGGUUUUUCCUGCUGGGAGUGGCCACCGGCCUCCGGACAGGAAUGCUGUGUGACUUCCUUGUUUUUACUCUUUCAUGUCGGAGCUAGACCGGGACGACAGAGUGAACAGGACACUGACGCAAUGAGGAUAACUUAUUCGUGGAGGUUAGUGAAGUUACUCGCGGUUUCAGCUGUGUUCGUCCUGUCUGCUCAGAUUUUAAGCGUAUCACUGGGUAAACACCCGUCAAAGCCGAGCCCCCUGUCCGCCGAGGAGUACAGGCUCAUAUCCCCUGAGACAUACCAGUAUAUUCUCAACCAGCCUGCCGUAUGCAAGGACAGUAAACCUUUCCUGGUUUUUAUGGUCCCAGUUGCUCCUCUGGAAGCAGCAGCAAGAGAGGCUGUCAGGAAAACCUGGGGUGCUCCAAGUCAGGACAGCCUCACUCUGUUCUUCGUGGGGCUUCCUGAGGGGGGCCAGGUGUCAAGCAUCCAGGACGCGCUGGAGGAAGAGAGUAGGAAACAUGCAGACAUCAUCCAGAUGAACUUCCAGGACAGUUACAAGAACCUGACUAUCAAGACCAUGAUGAUGAUGAACUGGCUGGCAGUCCACUGUCCAAAUGCCUCCUACGCCAUGAAGGUGGACUCUGACAUCUUUGUGAAUGUCUUCUACCUCAUCAGACGCCUGAGGAGCUCCCCCAGGCAGGGCUUCAUCACAGGGUCCGUGAUAGCUGAUGGCAGACCGAGGAGGGAAGCUAACAGCAAGUGGCACGUGUCAGAGGAGUUGUAUCCCGAGGAGAGCUUCCCUCGGUAUGUGUCUGGAGCUGGCUAUGUCUUCUCUGCAGACCUGGCCUCCAGGAUCUCCUGGGCAUCCAGGUUUGUCCAGGUAAUCCCCCUGGAGGAUGUCUACAUAGGGCUGUGUCUGCGUGUGCUGGGUGUGGAGCCUGUGUAUUCCCGCAGCCUGCUGACUCUCAGGAACCUGUUUGAAAUCAGAAAGCUGAAGUACGACAGGUGCACUUUUGCCAAACUGGUCAUUGUUAACGGCUUCAAUCCAUCAGAGCUGUUGCACAGUUGGCAAGACUUCUCUAAAGGCUAUAGGAGCUGCUGACAGCAAACAUUACUAAGCACGAGAGCUUGAAACAAAGUUUCACAUAAUGAAAUAAACAAUUUGCGUGCAGGAAAGAAAGCCAUGUGACACACAGCCAUGGGGGUGUUCAGGUUGAAGGGGUUGGGGAUGCAACUUUUAGUUGAAUAGUACUAUUAAUCUAGUUAUACAUAAACAUAAACAGUUAUGGAAAGAAAGUAUUGUCUGUUAAUUAUCAGGAAACUUGAACUCAAUCAAUUUGUCAAACAGCAAAAAAAUAAUUGACAACAGUUUUGAUUAUCAAUCAGUCCUUUAAGGCACUGGCUUCUAACUGGUCCAGGCCACCUACUGAGCUAAUGAGACCGGACAUAGACAUUUUGACAUGUAAUGAUAACAAAAGCACAGGUGGAGUUACUAAAAUAAACAGUGGCUGAAUCCCAUUUUGCUUAUUCAACACAUUUCUGCUACACCGAUAAGAUUUCCCUUUCUCUUAUUUCUCAAAUUUUCCUCUAUGAAGAUCUAAAGACAUUCAAAUGAAUCAGCCAAGGUUACAUUACUCUCUACACAUAAAGGUGUGUACCUAUAAAUGCCCAUAUAAACAAACUGUCUGUCACCUGUGGGCAAAAGUCAGAUGCAGGUUAAAACAGCUAUAGACACUCAGACUUAUGCAACCUGUCACAUGUGAGAAGGCACAGUCUUAUUUUUAGGGUCACAACCCUAAAGGUUGGGAACCAAGUCAGACCUCAGGCAAUAAUGCAGGAAAUGUGUCGGUACCAGCUUCUAAGAUGUGAGACUGUAACUUUAAUUUAAUCAUAAACUUAAUAUAUUUGAGGUUUGGACAGUUGGUUGGAUGAAAAAUGCAGUUAGUAAACAACCAUGAUCAGGCUCUAGGAAAUAGACAAUAAUCACUCAUUUAAAUAGACUAAAUGAUUAGUUCAGAGAAACCAUUGACACAUUAAAUGAAAGACUGCAAUUAAUUUUGGAUUAUUUUCUUGAUUACAUAAUGCAUUUCAGAGAAAUGCCCACCACAAUUUCAUAGUUGACUCUAUUUAAUAUAAUUUCUUUAUUGAUAUAUUUUGAAAAUAACAUCUGAACACACAUACCUCAAUACCCACAGCCUGACAUUCUCCAUGUGUUUACAAGUAGACAUGACAUGAAGUGUCUUGUUUUAUCUCACCAACACUCCAAACCCUAAAAUAUUCAGAUUAUGGUCUCCAGAAAGCAAAGAUAUCCUCAUAAUUGAGAAGCUGAAAACGAAAUAAUAUUUGGUUAUCAAAAGAAUUGCUGAUUUAUUUCCUGUUCAUUUUCAUUUUUAAGGGACUGUCAGGGAAUUUAACAACUCGGUCACUUUUAGAUGGUAAAGAAAGAUUGCUCUUAAGUAAUUAGUGGAUCAAUCGAUGAAAACUUCAAUCAGUUGAAUUUUCAAUUUUUUACAGGAUUAAAAACAAAAUAUGCUGAAACCUGUUUUCAAAUAUGCGAAUUUGCUGCUUUAUCCUCUUUGAUAUCAUUGUGAAUUGAAUAUCUUUGUGUUUUAGGUUUUGGUUGGAUAGAAAAAGUGAUGGGAUAUUUAACCAAUUGCCAAUUUUGCCACAUUUUAUAGACAAAUCAGUUGAUCAAAAAUCUAUAAAAUGUUAGAAAACAGUAAAUAAUUACCAUCACAGUUUUACCGGAGUCCAAAGUGAAGUCUUCACUUUGCUUGCUUAAUCUGAUCAACAGUCCAAAACCCAAAGAUGAUCAGGUUACAGUAACAUCAGAGAUGUUUGACCUGUGUGGUCUGUGGAACUAUAUUUUUCUACAUGACGCAAAAAUGCAGCAAAUCAUCAUCAACAAGAAGCUGAGUGUUUGGCACUUUAUGCUUGAUAAUGGACUCAAGCCAUUGAUCAAUAAAACAGUUGUAGAUUAUUAAACAGUAGAUUAUUUGUCUGUUGUUAUUUGAUCAAACAGCUGUAACAGAUAAUUAAAAUAACUCUUAGCUGCAGCCUUAAAAGUAUGUAUGUUGCGACUUCUGUCACAUGCAGUUUGCAUUUCAGUCUUACCAGAGAGGAAGCAACUCUCCCUGAAGUCAGUGACUGACCAGACAUUUACUGCGGCACUCACAGUGCUUUAACUUCUUUAUCCUGAGUGCCGAAAAAGUUAUGUCAAUUUAACUACUGUAGGUCCUUCCUACAGGUGACUACAUGACAUGCUGUAUUCUCAGAAUAUGCAGUUUACACCAAAGACUAUUUGGAAAUACAUCAGUUUUACUGCCAUUGUACUUGUUCGUUGGUAAGUGCCUGAUAUGUUUGCUGUCCACAUGUGCAGUCUAGUACAUGAAGCCAGCAAACAUAGUGUUUAUAAAACAACAUAAAAGAUCAGCUCCCUACAUUGCACUACUACAGCAUAAUACAAAGAGCUUCACAUAAUAAAGACAUUACAGAAUAACCUGCAGCAUAUAUAUCGGAUUAGUGUGCCUAUUUAUUCAUAGUGUGCCCAUGUAUAUACAGUAUGUAUCGUAUGACAGUGUGCCUAUGUAUGUACAGUAUGUAUUGUAUGACAAUGUGCCUAUGUAUGUACACUAUGUAUCAUAUGACAGUGUGCAUAUGUUUGUACAAUAUGUAUUUUAUGACACUGUGCCUAUGUAUGUACAGCAUGUAUCUAAUGACAGUGUGCCUGUGUAUGUGUGUUGUAGCUGCACAUGACAACCAGGUGGUGACAGUAAUGUGCCAGCAGAUGACAUGGAAGUUACACUUGAUUUUGCAGAUGGAUAUUGCUGUUCAUUCAGUGCCUAAUGUGGACGUAUACUCCACUACUACUAAAUGAUAAAUAUAAAGAAUUUUGCUCUCAGAAUA